AUGGUUCUCGAUGAGGAUAAUGAGAAACAGAUGAUCUUAUUAAGAAAAAAACGUGGAGUGGUGAAGGCCUCAUUAACACGACUUCGUAAUUUUGUAAAGGAAUUUGAUCACAAUGAACAGUCAAUCUCUCUCCUCGAGUUUCGUCAAGAAGAAUUACCUAAUAUAAAUAAAAAAUUUGACGCAGUUCAAUGUGAGAUUGAGUUAAUUACGGAAGAACCAGAGAAGGAAGAAGAAGAACGAGCAUUAUUUGAAAGGAACUACUUCGAAACAAGAUCUCAAAUGCAAGAAAUCAUCAACACCCGGAGCUCUUCAAGUACGGUAGGGCCAAAUACAUCGUUUGGAUCGUCAAGUAAUACAAACCGGGUUAGAUUGGCACCUAUACCUUUGCCCACAUUUAACGGUGACAUUGAAAACUGGGAGGCCUUUUAUGAUGUUUUUCGCGCGUUGGUUCACAAUGAUGAAGGGCUUACGUCAGUACAAAAAUUAUAUUAUUUAAGAUCCUGUUUGAGUGGUCCAGCUUUAGAUAUCGUUAGUUCAAUCCCGAUGGUCGACGGAAAUUAUGAGGUGUUUACCGAACGGCUGAAGCAGAGAUAUGACAACAGAAGCCUCGUGAUACAGACGCACAUAAGAGCGCUUCUUGAUGCACCUCGUGUAGAUACCGCUACCAUAGAAGCGUUACAAUUACUACAUUCACACAUUGGAAGUCAUGUAGCUGCGCUUAAGGCCUUAGGCCAACCAAUAGAGCAGUGGGACGCAUGGCUAGUUACCAUUAUUCUAAGGUGUCUUGACAAGAAUACGGCACAUGAGUGGCAGCUUCGACAAGAGGACUCGCAAUUACCCAAGUACAUAGACAUAGAAAGGUUUUUAGCCAGAAGAUGUAUUGCAUUUGAAAAUUCAAACUCGGAAAUACAGUCACGAUCUCAUAGUCAACCAAUGGCAACAGGCCAACACCAAUCAACUAGUAAACAAAGAAAGUCGGAGAAAACUACCAAAAUGGCAUUUUUAGUCACUGGAAGGGGUCAGACCACAAAAUGUCCAUGCUGUACCGGGUUGCAUAGGAUAUAUGCGUGUGACAAGUUUAAGGACUUGAGUAUAAAUGAUCGUCUAAAUAUUAUACGAGACACUCAUUUAUGUUUUAAUUGUUUGUCCGCGUAUCAUACAACGAAAACAUGCAAGUCAAACGGUUCAUGUGGAGAGUGUGGGUUGAAGCAUAAUACUCUACUACAUUUCUCAAAAAGUGUAUCCGAUGACCAGAAGGUUAGCAAUACAAGUGAAGGAGAAUCAUCUGCAACUGGUGCGUUAUCAGCUACCUUAUGGUCAUCAGGGAACCGUUAUGCAUUUUUAGCUACAGCACAAGUGAUCGUCAAAAAUACAAAUGGAAUGCAGUUCAUAUGUCGUGCCGUGUUAGACAGCGGCGCUCAAGUGAAUUUUAUAUCUAAAAGGUUACAAAACGUACUUAAACUAUCAGGAGAAAGGGUUGCAUUGCCAGUGAGUGGAAUCGGUGCAAGCAGAACACAAUCGACUACAAGGGUAGACAUCAAGGUUUGUUCCCGAGUAUCACCAUUCCAAGCUAACAUAUCAUGUUACGUGUUACCAUCAAUUGUCAACACAUUAUCAUCAAGUACAAGACCCUCAGACGGCUGGGGAAUCAAAGAAAAUAUACUCUCACAGUUAGCUGACCCUCAGUUCGACCAAGCAGGUACCAUCGAUAUGUUAAUGGGUGCAGGAAUAUUUUUUGAGUUGUUAGAGUCAGAAAGGAUUCCGCUUCAAACUGGUAAUCUCACAUUACAAUCCACAAAAUUAGGCUGGGUUAUGACCGGAGAGUUUAACGUUAAUUGCUUAGUGAGUAUUGGAGCGUCAUUAGAAGACGAAUGGCGAACAAUGAAAACAGAUCAAGGAUUGUUCGGUAGGUUAUCCAAGGCCAAUAAGCGUCAUGUAGAAGAACAGGAAACGGUACGACAUUUCGAAAAAACUGCCACCAGGAGAGCUGAUGGUCGGUUUGUGCUCCGUCUACCUGUAAAACCAGAAGUUAGCCAACUAGGCGAUAGCAUAUCUAUGGCCAUGUCACGCUUCAUUAGCGUUGAAAGAAGAUUAUCACGAGAUGAACAACUACGUACCGAGUAUGUAAAAUUCAUGACACAAUAUUUAGAAAUGGGUCACAUGGAGGAAGUAAUUGAAAACGAAAUUCCAACAUCAAGGCAAUUUUACUUACCACACCACGCAGUGGUCAAAACGGCCAGUCUAACUACAAAGGUACGAGUAGUUUUCGACGCAUCAGCUAAGAGCUCAUCAGGACUAUCUUUAAACGAUGUCCUAAUGUGUGGCCCGAGUAUCCAAGAAGAAUUGUUUUCGAUCUUAUGUCGGUUUAGAAGUCAUCAGUUCGUUAUCACUGCGGACGUAGAAAAAAUGUUUCGACAGGUAGAGGUUGCAGAAGAAGACCGAAACUUGCAGCGUAUCGUCUGGAGGUCAAACCCUAGUGAAGCGUUACGGACUUAUAGACUGGGAAGAGUUGCAUACGGUACAACUUCUGCUUCAUUCAUGACCACAAAAUGUCUGUCAGUCCUAUCAGAAGAAUUCAACAGUCAGUUUCCCAAUGCAGCUAAGGCAAUGUUGAUGCGGGCCUAG